CGAGGGGUCCACCUGAAUCUCCGGCAUGUCCAGGUGGCACGAAGAGUGCCUCGGCCGGUGCGAGGACUGUACCACUGCCGCCACCGCUUGCACUCACCGAAAACAUCAACAUUCCCAUGAGGAUUCGUACAAAAGAUUCAUGACCAUCGGCCCGGUGCGGUACGGCAUGCGUGUGGGUGCCGUCUCGCCGCCGCCGCCCGGGGCCGGCCCGCGGUACCGCUCCCAGUGCUGUUGGCCCACAACUCCCUGCGGUGACAGUGGCUGCGACAUCGUUCCCAUAUCCCGGAUCCCGCUACUCACCACGCCGCCUAUUAAUAGCUUAGAUAUAAUUAGUUGCGCAAAUAGAAUGAGGAUGAACGAGGAUGCUACGUCAGAUCAACCGCUGGCCGAGCAAGCGUCGGCGACAGUGCGCGAUCAUGUACUCUACACUGGCAAGUGCUUGUUAAAGACCCAAUUGAAACGUUGUGCCCUGGUGCGACCUCAAGUGUACACGAGACUAGCUGAGUACGGGGAAGCCAACGGCAACAAGGAGGAUAACACCCUGGACCGUCUUCCCAGAUUCCGCUUUGGCGGAAACCGCGCUGCCGCCGCCGACAAGAGGGGUAAUGAUCAGCGGUUUAGGGAACUGACGGACAGACUGAAAAGGGGGGCAGUGCCGGUGCCGCCGCCUCGUUCUAGGCAUUCGUCCCGCACCACUCCGCCGAUCUCGCCGCAGCCAGUGCUCCAGCAGGAAGAUUUUUCGAACCGCGUUACUCCCCUGCGCAGCGCGUCGUUCUCUCAAGUGGACUACUGCACCGACGAUAACAAAUACGUGAGGAGGCGACCUUCACCCAGUCAAGAACAAGACGCCAACACCUCCCCCAACAGAGAAAUAUCCACGCUGCCUCGAUCGAAAAACGCCCAACGCCCGACCACCCCCACGUCGGACCCUUCGCCCUCCUUCAACAAACCACAAGUGUCCAUAACGGAUACGGACGACCACGAAGACGUGAAGCAACUUAUCGAAAGCUUAAGCGAACAACCCCCCGAACCCGCGCAAAUAAAUAAGAUUCCAGAAGUUGAAAUCACCUCGGAAUCACCGGAAAAACCGGCAACGAGAUGCCAGGACAGCCUUAAUAACAACCAAGACAGAAAGAGAGACAAAUCGAGGCGCAGGAAAGGCAUUUACAUAUCCCAAUGGCCAAACCCUUAUCAGUCAACUGAAGAUGUCAUCCCCCAGUUCGUCCAAGACGGAGACUUCCCCUGCGCCGACAAAACCACCAAACUCCUUCAAGACUCCCUUGUAGAGAUAUCGAAACUACAAGCUCAAGAAGAAAAUAAAAAUAAAGAAUUUCCCAUUUGGAGCAGCCCGCAAGAGGAACCUCUAAGUCCCGAAGAAAACAACUUACCUCCGGAUUGGCCCAGACCCAGACUUUUAUCUCAAUCACCCGACGAAAAAGACUGCCUAAAAGUAACACCUCGCGGUAUUAACUUGUUUAGAUCCGACUCGUUAUCGGAGGGUGAACCCGAGUCUGGUGAACGCAAAUCCGACCAAAUUUCGCUUGCCCCAUCAGACGUAUCCGACUGCGAAAGUCGCCUCAGCGCGAGCACCGAACCCACCAGCCCUAAUGUUCCAAGAAGGUAUUCGAAGAGACCUUUAAGGGGCCCCUACGGUCAAAUGUUGGAAGCAGAAAUGAAGAAACCCGAAUCCAGGAAGAACCUCAACAGUGAUUUGAAAUUUCUAGAGGAUCUAUCGUCUAUCGUCGGAACGUCCACAAAUAACACGCCCAAGCCAAAACAAACAAGGACGAGGGGUUCUUGUAACAGCUCCCUGGACGAAACCUCCACGAAUAAAGAAAACAAAGGAAGUGGCAGUUACUUGCAUUCACCGAAACAACAGAACAAGAGGAAAGUUAGUGCUGAUAAUUUAGUUGUUAACGAAAAUGACAAAAAAAUCGUUGUUAGUCAUCAACGCACAACAUCUAGCCCUUCGAAGUUAGAAGGGUUUACUAACUCGGAAUUAAGCAGUGAGUUACUUGAACAAUUGUUACGGGGGAGUUCUGAACAACUAGCAGCAGCUGAUGCCAACCAACAACUGCAAAAUGACACCCGGACCCACGUGGUUGUGGAGUUGUACGACAACGAAAGGAGUUACGUCGAGUCCCUCGAGAUUAUCGUUAAGAAAUACUUAGAACCACUCAAGGCGCCAGACAACGCCAAUCUGUUGGACGCGAACCUAGUAGACGAAAUAUUUUACCAGAUCCCUUUCCUGUUGAGCCACCACCAAGCUUUCUUAAAUGAACUCAAACAGCGCCUGGAACACUGGGAUGUCAAACAGAAAAUAGGGGAUGUUUUUUUAGACAUGUUCUCCAAGUCAGUGGUAAUCGAAAGUUACACAAAUUACGUAAACAAUUGGAAACGAGCGAGGGAAAUACUGAAAACCGCACAACAGUCCAAACCGGCGUUCAGCAGGUUUCUAGAGGUGACAGCGAGACAGCACACGGGCAAGUUGGCGUUGGACUCUCUACUGAUAAAACCCAUCCAAAAAUUCCCGAAAUACGAACUAUUGCUGCAAAGACUGAUAAAGCACACGGAUGAAAACCACCCGGACCACAAUUUGCUGCUGGCCGCCCAAAGGCAAGUCCACGAACAGCUGCUGAAGAUAAACUGUACCGAAAAAGAAGCGUUGGAGCUAGAACAGCUUCGGGAAAUAGAAGGGUUAAUCGACGGUCUGAUCGAACUGGCGACGCCAGAGCGGCAGUAUCUUCGUCACGACUCGGUAAGCAUGUCCCACGGCGGCGGACCGAGGAAAGAAAGAGCCCUCUUCCUCUUUUCUGACUUACUUCUGAUUACGGGUAUCAAAAGACGGAGCGGGACCAUCAGAAGGCCUAUAACUGGCCAGGGAAGCGUUACCAGCACCCUAGAAGCCAACAAGUACAAACUGUUGAUGAGAGUACCUCUAGAAGACAUCGAAAUUAUCAGGUCCAAAGACGAAAACCUUAGGCAGAUUAUGAUAGAGGUUGAUAACUUGACUGAAGACAUAUCGGUUCUGAAUCAGAUCAAUGAAUUGGCCUGGUCGUUGCACUGCAGCCAUUCACAGUUGGACGAGGUUGUGAAAGACAUGUUAACGACGCUAAAUAAACAGUUAACGGAACAGCAAAAUAGCGACUCUCAACUCUCUUGCUUGGACCUCACCGUCCUAACAUCUAAUGGCUUAGAAAACGUAUCCAUUGUAUUUUCAAAAGCUGAAAAAAGGACGUCGUGGGAAGAGUCUUUGAAUGAAGCCAAACAAAAAUUAGCAAUGUCGAGCGACAGAAGACCCUGUCCAGAGCUGAUGGCGACUGUACCUAUAAGGAAAACAAGAGCGGGGCUACAGUUUACAUGUGCAGCCCCGACGUUAGGCGAGAACGGCAAAGACGUAUGGGUCUGCAACAGUGACGGUUAUGUGGGACAAGUUUGCGUUCUCAGUCUGACACCUGAACCAACAGUCACGUCUUGUAAUGGAGUAUGUAACGCAAGAAUUCUUUGCAUCGCGUCGGUACCGGGAGUAAAUAAUGGUGCUUCCCCUCCCAGUAAAGGCACCAAGGCUCGAGAUGAGCCCGAAGAACACAAGACAAUGCAAUUCGACAGUAGUUCAUCAAGUGAUGAAGACGAUAAUUGUGAUAGUGAACAUACCGAUGAACCUCAAAGACUAAUAGACUCGGAAACGUGUAGUAUAGAGAAUGACGAAAGUGAUAAUCAGCAGUCGACGAUGUGGUUGGGAACUGAGGAUGGUUGCAUUCACGUGUACAAUUCCGGUGAUAAUAUACGGAUAAAGAAGAAUAAAAUUAAGCUCCAGCUUGGUUCAUCAAUAUUGUGUAUAAUAUAUUUAGAAGACAGAGUAUUUGUUUCAUUGGCAAAUGGAGACAUCAUUGUGUACGAGAGAGAAGCAAGUGGAGGUUGGAACAUCGGCUCUCCCACAACGUACACAGUAGGUUCGUUGAGCACGCCGGUAUCCAAAAUGGUCCCGAGCUCUGGAAAGCUAUGGUGCGGCUGUGGAAGCACCAUAAAAAUCUUCAACAUACACACCCUCACAACCGAAACCAGCUUUACAGUAAACAACGACAAUAAUAAGUCUAUUACUUGUAUAAUACUGUGUGGCAAUGGUGUAUGGUUAUCACUACAGAAUUCAGCCGUAAUAAAAUGCUACCACGCUUUAACAUUUGAACCGCUCUGUGAAGUGAACGUUGCCCCGGCUGUUACAAAAAUGCUAACGAUUUUUUCUGUUUCAGGUUGCGAUGACAUAAUAAGACAGCACAAGGCUGCCUGUCUCCGAGUGACAGCUUUGGUAACAUGCAAAGAUCUCCUGUGGAUCGGGACGUCCGCUGGGGUGCUCCUUACGAUGCCCCUUCCGCACAUCUCUUCGACAGUCACGAAGUUAGCCAGUGCUCCGACGGUCACGGGAAUACCGCACGGUCACACGGGUCACGUCCGUUUCUUGACGUCCGUUGAGAUGCCGUUCGGUGCGCCUGACGCGUCGCACAGGAACUCGUAUAAGGUAAAGCAAGACCAGAGGGGCAACACCAAGUUGUUGGUCAUAUCUGGGGGCGACGGUUACGAAGAUUUCCGGACGUCCAAUUUGUCGGAGGGCGCUGGCAGGGAAGACGCUACGAACCACUUGCUGCUGUGGAAUAUUUGAUUUAGAUGUUGACUUUGGAGGAUGAUGAAGAAUAACACGUUAUGUGGCAUAUCGGAACCUGAACUCAAUACAGGGUAUUUCUAUAAAAUAGGAAACUUACUUUUAUCCCCAAAAAAGUAUUUAUUAAUUUUUGAGGCAUAUCCCUUUUCUUAGAUUUGGAUAAUACAAAGAAACGUUUGGACACUUUAGCUUAAUAUUUUAUUCAAAGCGAUACGGUUUCUUAAAUAAGUAGUUAAAAAGCAACGAGAAAUAAGUUAUUUACGCAAAAAUUAAUAAUUAGACCAAACUAAGGAGGGUAUUUUUGACAUAUCAGUACAUUUGCGGUAUCUAAACAGUUGGUACAUAUUGCGCUUGUGAUAAAAGAUGGCCGUUGCCGCUGAGCAGAUUUCCAAACAAUUUCGACCUAAAUAGAGGUUUAUUUUAGUACUCACUGAUGUGCAUACUACUUCUGCUGGCGGUAAUGAAAUUUGGUGAAAAUUUAAUAUCUUUUUAUAGGAAAACUCUGUACGUUCACGUGAUACUUGCAUUUCGUUAAAAUGUGUGAUAGUAUUUAUAGGAAUCUGUAUAUGGAUUGUACUUUAUUGAGGUGGUAGUGUUUAUUUGUUACAUAUUAUUUUUGCCUAACAUCAUUGUUCCUAAUCUGUUGUUGCUAUACUUUAAAGGAAUUGAAUUGUACAUAAUAUUGAUCACUAUAUUUAUAAAAGCAUGUAUUAUUGUCAAACAAAACUGUACUGUAUUUAAGUUGUUUUUUUUUAUGUUUAAUUAAUAUUUAUAUUUUCGCUUGACACAACGACAACUGAAAAUGUUUUUUUACAACUUUUCUAAUGCCAUGUACUUAUAUUUAAUAUUUUUUUAUUUCGUACACACAAAUUCUUUCGAUUGCUCAAAAUCCCAAUAAACCAAUACUGAAUCAUCGUUUUUUCACAAAAAUAAUCGUUAUCAAAUAUAUUUCUUUAUUAAA